CAGCUGCCUGGGCCAGGCUCCCUCAGGAAGGCCCCUGGCCUGGCGCAGCCCGGCCGAGCCCCACGCGGGGCUCCCCCUGGCCUGGGGCGGAGCGGGGGGCGGGGCCACGGUCCCAACGCGGCCCUUUCCUGAGCGUGGGCUUGGCGGGCGCCAUUGUAAGCCCAAGAGCGGCCGUGAGGCGCAGCGGAGCCCAUCCCCCCUCUCCCCCCGGCGGGAGCGUGCCCCGGUCUCCGGGCUCACGCCCCUCGGCCACCCCGACCCAGCCAUGGACGAGGAGAGGAGGCGGAAGCUGGAGGCCGGCAGAGCCAAGUCAAACAGCUGACCGUUAACGGCGUGAGGUGAGGGUGUCAUAGCUGGUAUCAUAAAUGUGCACAGUGCUUCGCAAACAAAAACAAGGCUGUUGCCCCGAGAAACUUGUAGCCAAGAGCCAGUCCUGCAAUGAGCUCUGUGCAGAAAUAUCCCUUCUUGGGGCGAAGUCACACACUUUUGGGAUCUAAAACACAAAAUCCAGCUUGCUCACUUCAGACAGCGAAAAACAAAAAGUGACAACACGCAGUCGCAGAAAAAGGCGGCGAAGAGGAAGGGCUCGUCUGACCACAUGCAAAACAUUCCAAAGGAAGAGUGCGUUAUAGUGGCCCAGGAUUCUGAUGUUCUUACAGACCUUAAUAUAAGUAUAGAGGGUAAGACUGAAGAGACAGAGACAAGCUCUGAGAGUAAGGCUGAUGUUGACCUUUCUAACCCAUGCUUGGUGGAUGACUGUGCUUCUGAAGAAUAUGGUCAGCUUAAUGUCCAGAUGUGUCGGACGAGAAUUGUGGAGCUGGAAAAGAGACUUCUGGAGAAACAGGAAGCAACUGAAAGACUCACUACAGAGGUGGAUGACUUACUGGAACAACUUGCCCAGCAUAGUGGGGCUACACAUCUUCAGGAGCUGGAGACGGCUGUCCAGGAACGGAAUGAGAUAAUAGCUCAGCUGACAAGUAACCUUCAGCAGGCAAGGCAAAAUCGGGAUGACAUUCAGGAAGAGGCCUCACUCCUAGCUGAUCAGAUCCAUGGUUUACAGCUUCAGUUACAUGAGGCUAAUGAGCUUCUGAAAAGUAGAAUUCCUGGAAAAAGUGAAUUAUCUCAAGCCCAGGAGCAGAUGGCUGUUUUUCAGAACAGACUCAAGGAACAAAGUACUCAAUUGCAGAUAAUGCAUCAAAAAGCACAUGACCUGGAACUACAACUGGAGUCUUCUCAAAAGAUAGAAGAGCUAAAUGCAGAAAUAAAAGAGAAGGUGGAAAAACAGCAGAACUUGGAGGAGGAACGAAAAGAACAGAUUGGAUUAAUUAAAAAGGUUCAUGAAAGAGAACAUGAUCGUGAAAUUACUGAACUGAUUAUUAAACAUGAAGAUGAAAUGAAAGAGCUACGUGCUGAACUAAUUAAGGAACAGCAGCAACUGUUGGAUGAACUUCAGCAACAAAUGGAAGGUACACAUAAAACAGAGAUGCAGCACACUCAGCUCCAGUCACAGACACUGCACAAUCUUGAGUUGGAAGGUUUACGACUAAGUCUAACUAAUAUGCACACAUCCCAGUUGGAGCUGAUGCAGUCUAACUUGAGAAAGGAGAAGGAAACUGCCCUUGUGGAGUUACGGGAGAUGCUCAAUGAUAAGCGUGCUCAGGAAGUAGCAAUUCUACAAAGCCGACAUCAGUUUGAGUUGGAACAUAUUAAUGAACAACAUCUGAAGGAAAAAGAAGAAAUUGCACUGAAACAUCAACAGGAACUAGAUGAGAGGAAGAAAAUAGAAUUGGAAAUGGAAAAGAAACACAUCCAGACCCUGGAGACUCUUAAAGGAGACUGGGCACUGAAGACCGAAACACGUUUAAAAAACAUCCGUGAGGAGCUAUCUGAAAAACAUCAGAUUGAAAUGGGUGAACUGCAGAAAACUCUGAAAUUGGAACUAGACAGAGUUAAAGAGGAGCUGAAGAGUCUGUCUGUUAAAAAAGAGCAGGUGGAAAUGAAAUGUAAAAACCUGGAGAAUGAACACCAGAUGGCAAUUACAAAACUACGUGAACAGCUGCAGACGGAACAUGACCAAGGUCUAGAAAACUUGAAAAGGAAAAGCAAGGAAAGAGAACAGGAGAUGCAGCAGGAGAUGGAGAAACUUCAGGCCACAUAUGAAGAAUUAAAAACUCGAUCACAAGAAGAAAUCAAACAGCUUUGGUCUCAGCUUGAUAGCACACGAGCAAGUCGACAAGAGCUAAGUGAAUUAAAAGAACAGCUUCUGGCUCGCACAUCACAUGUGGAUGAAAUAGAACGUUUAAAGCAAGACUUUGAACAGCAGCGGCAGCAAAGAAGAAGCGAACAUGAAACUGAAUUGGAACAACUGAGAAUUUAUUUUGAAGAGAAACUAGGGGCAGCUGAAGAAAACUACAGAGAAGAAUUAACUCUACUGCAUCAGAGGCUGCAAGAAUUAAAGGAAUACUCUUUGUUGGAGUCAGAGAUUAGUCAAGAUCAGCCUUUAGAUAUCAGCUCCUCGGUCACACUUUUAGAAGAGGCAAGUGAAAAAGAGAGAAGGGAUAUACUUGACCAACUAACUCAGCAACUGGAGCAGCACAAGGAAGAACUUACCUGUUUGCGACUGCAAUUGGAGGAAAAACACAGACAUGAACUAGACUCCUUAAGAUCUUCCCUCGCACUCCAAUAUAAGGAGGACCUGAUGAAGAUGAAGAUGGAUCUCUCAGACAGAUAUAUUUCAGAAAUUGAGGAAUUAAAAAAGAAACAUUGUCUAGAUCUUGAACAUCUCCGUGCCAAGCUUUCGGAAGAGCACAUCAAAGAAAUUACCAAGCUGCGUCUACAGAGUGCUCAAGAUGCAGCCCGCCAGGUUGAAGCCGAGGUUGCUGAACGAGUGUGUGUGCUGGAGAAUGAGCACAAAGCUAAACUCUCCCUCCUUCAGUGUGAGAAACAGCACAUUGCAGAACUGCAAGGAGAAAUACAGCACUUAAAGAGAGAGAUUACUAAACUCCAAGACAUUGGUGUCCAGCAUGAAGCCCAGCUGAAAGAGGAGAUGGAAAAGAUAAAAUGUAAACUUGUUGAUGAUCACAAGAAUGAAUUAAAAAGAGCUAGAGAAGAGGUCCAGCAAGUGGAACAAGUGCACAAAGAAAAGGAGGAGGAAUGGAAGUGUGAAAGAGAGGCCCUGAGGGUCAAAGUUGAAGAGACGUUGUCACAGUUACGUGCAGAACUUGAAGACAAGGCAGAGUCUGAGAAGCAAACUUUGCAAAAGGAGUUUGAACUUCGUGAAGCUGAAAUGAAUCGGCUUCAGGAUCAGCAGGCUGCCCGAAUUGUAGAACUGGAGAAGUCCCUAAAGGAGCAGCAGAACAGUUUGCAGCAGCUAGAGGAUAGCUUGGCAAGUAUGCAGACUACACAGACAGCUCAGGCGCAGUACGAGAGUGAACUGCAAGCUGCCAAGACACUCAUGGAAAAAGAUUUGGAAAAAGCCACAUUUGGGCUCCAAGAGGAAUGUGCAGUUAAACUUAUGGAAGCACAGAACAAAUUUAUGGAGGAACACAAAGUUAUGACUCAAAAAUUCACAACAGAGCAAGAGCUUCUCCUCCAAGAGCUGAAAGGGAAGCAUGUGGAGGAGCUAGAACUCCAAAGUCAACAGCUACAGGAGAAGCAUAAGCAACAGAUUCUGUCCCUCACAGCUGAGCUGCAGACCAAGCACCAAGCUGAAAUUGAGACACUUACAUCUACGUUACAAAGCAAGCAGCAGGCUCAGCUUGAGGCUCGUCUAGCUGAGCUGCAGGCAAAGCACCAGGCACAAAUUGAUGAUUUGGAAGCUAAACACUUGUCAAAUCUGGAUUCUUUGGAGUCGUCGUACCUGUCGGAAAUUCAGAUUAUACGAGAUGAGCACAAACAAGCUGUUGAGGAUCUACAGAUGCAUUUCGCAGAGCAGCUGCAUGAGAAGGAGAAGGCAAAUCAAGCAAUUUUGACUCAGGAAAUGGAAAGGCUGAAAUUAAAACAUUCCGAAGAGCUGCAACUUUCACAAGACAAUCUGAAAAUUGAGUUAGCUACUCUUCAUAUUGAAAAACUGAAAGCCAUGGCUGCUGAACUGGAAGAAGCUCAUAAGGAAGAUUUGAACACCGCUCUUCAAAAUCAAAGAUGUAUGUUGGAAGAAGAAAAUCAUAAGGCUCUGGAUGUAUUGCGUGAAGAAGUGUUGCAUAUGGAGGAACAUCAUAAAAAAGCACUAAAAGAUCUCCAGGAUCUCCAUGUGGCAGAAGUUCAGAGACAGAAGGAAGCAUACUCCUGGCAGCUGCAGGAAGAGCUCGAGAAGCUAAAAGCACAGCAUGAACAUGAAGAGAAGAUGUAUGCCUCUGCCUCUGCCUCUGAAGUGGAAACUGUGCGAACAGCUCUCCUAGCUCAGUUUGAGGAGGUGAAAUUGAAGCAGCAGCUUCAGUUCCAGGAUGAGAUUGAACUGCUCAAAUGUCAGUCAGAGGUAUUAUUGGAACAGCAGAUUACACAGCUAAAGGAGGAAUUUGAAGCUGAAAGGAAGACUGCCUGGCGCAGCAAGGAGCAGGUGUUGAUACAAGAGACAGAAAAGGCACAAGCACAUUACGAAAAGGAGAAAGAGGAGUUAUCAGUACAGAUACAGGAAAAGACAAAUAUAAUCAUUCAGCUGGAAAAGAAAGUGGAGUCUUUAAAUCAAAAGUUGGAGGAGACUAACUCUGAGCUAGAGACCCUGCUACAGCGACGAGACAGAGAAAAUCAAGAAGGAGAGUACCUGGUAGCUAUGUUGAGAUCUGAUAUCGAACUGUCCCAGAAUGAAAGGAAAAAACUUCAGGAAUCUUAUCAGCAAGUUUUGAAAUUAUUUGUGGAAAUGGUAAAGGCCACUAUCGCCACAGAAGACCUUAUCUGUAAGAAAGUUGGUCUCUGUCUCGAUGACAGUCUAGCAUCUGGAGACUCUAGAGAAAGCCGCAGCAUGAUGGAAGAAGUGGGAUUCAUACAGCAUUUCAAAGCCAGAGAGAAGCAUGACCUAGAAAAAAGUGACCUGCUGGAUGAAACUCUCACAGAACACAACCAGGUGUCUGCAGUGACCGAUGAAGGAUCUGAGCUGAGCCAGCACUUAUGUGAGAGUGUUUUUGCAAGCCCAGACCUGGCACUUGAGAACGAAGAGAUGAUCCUGAAAAUCUGUCGCCGUUUGCGCACUGCUGUGGAGAAACUUCUAGAGCUGGUUACAGAAUCAACUAAACAAUUGGAGAAAACACAUGAAAUUCACGCUCACUUUGAGGAAGAAUUCAGCCGCAGAAAUCAGGAAACUGCCCAAGUGGUUAGUCAGCACCAUGAUCUAAUGGAGUGUCUAAAUGAGGAAAAUGAGGCAAAGAAUCAACUGGCACUGGAACUUCAUAAAGCAGAAGGUAUCAUUGAAGGCUAUGUAGUAGAGAAAGCAGCCUUAGAAGAGGCAAUGAGCCUGAAAGAAGAGUCUGAACGACGCCUUGUUUUGGAACUGGAGAGCUUGCAGGAACAGUUUCAGAAGCUAACCCAGGAACAGGCAAUACUCUGUGAGGAGCGGGAUAUGUUAAUAAGUCAAAAGAAAGCUCUGGCUGCCAACGUAGGAGAAAUAGAAGUUGGAGUUCCUGUUGUUAACAUAGCAAAAAAGGAAGAUUCAGGUUUACUAAAGGAAGUAGAAUUUUUAGCAAAAGAGAAGUUAGAACUGCAGUGCCAGGCAGAGAAGGACCAUUCCAGCUUGCGCUCUCAGAUGAAGGUUUUGGAAGUGGAACUUGAAGAACAGAUGGAUCAAAAUCAGAAGUUGGCAAAGAAGUCAUUGGAGGUUACUGAUCUAAGGCAGCAAAUUCAAGUCCUUGAAAAACAGCUUAGAAGUCAACGACAGUUCAUGGAUGAACAAGCUAUAGAGCGAGAACAUGAACGUGAUGAGUUUCAGCAAGAAAUUCAGAAACUAGAAGAUCAGUUAAAACUGUCAGGAAAAUCCCAGACUUCUGGAGAGCCCAGACAAUAUGGGAUCUUUGAAUUGACUCUCCAGAUAGAGUCUUUGCAAGCAGAAAUAAAAGACAAAACAGAUGAUUACAAUAAACUGUUAUUAGAAAAGGAGCAGAAGUACCGAGAAAUUACAGUUCGAGAUAAAGAAAUAGAGGAGCUAGCAGCGCGGAUUAGAGAGCUGGAGCACACCAAUACUGAGGCCUCAAAGACUGUCAGCCGUUUGGAACAAGAACUGCAAAAAAUGAAGAAAAGGGAAACUGAACUAACACAAGAUAAAGAGGCAUUGCAACAGCAGCAAUACAAUAAUUUGAUCCAGAUCUCUGCCCUGCAGUCUAAACUGGAUGAAGCCAGGCACAGAGUACCUUCUGAAGGCAGUUCUGAUCAUGGGCUAAAGGAACAAUUACAGGCAGAGCAGGAGGCACUCCUAAUGAAAGAGAGAGAGAUCCUGAGUUUGUUAGAGCAACUAGAACAGUUUAAAGAAAACUUAAUCAAUAAAAAUGAGGAAAUCUUGCAGCUGAACUUGCAGUUAGAGAUGCAAAAAAACCUUACCGCUGGCAUCGGCCAGCUUCAAAUAGAGAAUGCUCAUCUGAAGGAGGACAUAGCAAAACUCCGCAUGAUGCAAAGUCAGAACGUGGGUAGUAGUGAAUCAGCAGUUUUGCAGUUCCCACAGGCUUUGCUUGAGGAAAAGAAUCAAGAAAUUGAUCAUUUGAACGAGCAGAUUGAGAGACUCCAGCGUGAACUGGACGGUGCCACAGACAAUAAGUCUUGUUCUCUCUCUCAGGUUGUGGAAAACGGAAAAUCUGAAAUCGAUGAACUCAGGUUACUCGUCGAGCACCUUCGUGGUGACCAGGAAAGACUGCAUAGGGAUAAAGCAGAAGAGGUAGAGCAGCUUCAUGGAGUAAUUGAGAAGCUUCAAAAGGAGCUGAUACAACUUGGACCCAUGUGUCAUGAAGUUAGUGACAGCGAAGAUAACCGUAACGUGCUUAGGUUGGAGGAGCAGGUAGAGAAUCUUCAGAAUGAGUUGAAGAAAGGAUCACUAGAUUUUCAGGAGCAUUCAGAUAAGAAUAAGAAAACUGUAUUGCUACAUUCCAAACUGAAGGAGCUUCAGGAAGAAUUAGAACUUGUCUCAACUGCUAGAGAAGCCCUGCAGCAGCUGCUUGAAGAGAAGGAAUCUCAGUUUAAAAUGGAGGUGGAAAUUUUAGAGCAAAAUCUUCAAAAUGUGCAGGAGUCUUCAAGGCAGCACUUGGCAGAGUUAACAUCCCUAAGAAUACAGUAUGAUGCAUUUCAGGAGGAGUACAGCCUUCUAAGAACACACCUCUCUCAGAGAGAUGGUGAAAUGGGGAUCAUGGCCUCUCGCAUUCAAGAGCUUGAAGAUACACUAAGAGCAAGAGAAGCAACUCUUUUAGAGAGCGAUCUGCAGAUUAAGACAGUAGCAGAGCAGAGAGUAGUGGAUGCAGCUGAAUUACAGCACCUAGCAGAAAAGAUUGCAAGACUUGAAGAUGAACUGUUAAAGAAGGAUCUGCAUCAGAAAACUGAGGCUGAAGAAGUUCAAACCCUUCAGUCGGAAGUCUCCAGGCUUGAUUUCAAGGUUCAAACACUGAAUCAGAAAGAAGUAGUUUACCAGAGAGAAAUAGAUGAACUUCAAGCAAAUUCUAUAAAAUUGAAGGAUCAGGUCCAGGAGUUUUUGAAAGAACUCCAAGCCCUGCGCUCUGAAAGAGAUGACCUUUAUUCACAGCUGGCAUCCUACAAGGAAAAGAAUCAAAGUAAUGAUCAAGAAGCUAAACUUCAUAAACCGAUCUUAAAACAAGAAAGAGAGGUUCCGGUUCAUACAAAUGGAAUGGAGAAAUUGAGAGAAGAGAGAGGAGCAAAUGUUGAUCAGUCAUUUGCAGCUUCAGUUUCCCAAAGUGAUAAAUUGAUUCUAGUACAGUUAGAGGCAACAAACACUUCAGAAAACCACAAAGAUCUAAUCACAAAGAUGACAUUGCAUCAGGAAGAACUUAAGUCUGAAUUAGCCUGUGUGAAAAAGGAAUUAGAAUUAAGAGAAGAACAGACUGGGAAAAUACUGAAGGACAUAAAGGAGAAAGAUGCAGCUCUAGCUGACUUGAAGACUCACAGCAGAAAUCUAAAAACUCAGAUUAAGCAACUACAAGAGACACUCCUGACUCAGGAAGCAGAGAUGACAGACAAGGCCAGAGAGCUGCAAGAUCUGAAAAAACACUGUCAGCAAAUCUUGGAAUUUCAUCAAACUCCAGACUCUGUGAAAUGCAAGUUGAACAACCUUUCACAAAACACAGAGCAUGAUAAAGAGACACCCAAGGACUUUAAAUGUUUAGUCAUGCAUAUGACUUCAUGGGACUCACCUGAGAUUGUGAGAAAGCAGGAGACAAGCAUAGAACUUCAACCAAGUCUUCACUUAACACCCUUCUCAGAAGUUGAUAGUGUACACAGCACAGACUUUGAAAUGAAGGACAACAAAUCAUCUGUCAUACAAGGAGACACCCCUGGACUGUUGGGAUAUCAAAGUCUGUAUGCUAAUACCAAUGAGGAAGCAGUGGCCAGACUAGAUUUAAAGUCUCCAGCUUUCUCUGAAAGUACCUACUCUAUCGCUGAGUACCAAAAUAUGGAAAAAAGGAUUCGGGUGAGAGAUGUUGACGACUUCACUUUAACGCCAUCUGAUUCACAAGAUGACCUACGAUCAACAAUGUCUGGUCUAGAGGGGGCAAGUGAUGGAUAUGUCAGCAAUCCCAGUUCAGAUUUGGCAGCUAAACUGAAUCAGGAGCUAGAAACAACUGAACACCUGGAUGCUAGUUUCACGGCUUAUCUGCAAUACUGUGGAAUAUUUCAAGAUGCCAUGGACCCAGUGAAAGAAAAAGAAACUAUUUCACCACAACUGAAGUCUGUGCUGAAGAUGGUGUACGAGGACAGCCGCAGAAUACUGGCUUUGUCAGAACAUCCCUUUCCUCUUAGUGAUCAAAAAAGCAUUCAGCAGUCUGCUGCAGCCGAGGGAUGGCGAAAAGAAGGACUAACCUUGCUGGAUGCAAUACAGUCAUUGAAGGAUUACCUUAGCAAAGUGGAAGAUAGAGGAGACAAGGAAUCUUCAGAUACUUGUUUUGACUGGCGAGGAGAACUUCUCCAGGCAGUUCAGAGUGUGCUAGAGAAGGAGCGGAACAUGUUUCAAGUUGACUUGCAGUCACACCUUUGCAAUCCUGGUUCUGGGGAUGAAGGUUCAUUAGUGGAAAAACUGGAGCAUAUUGUGAAACGACAAGAAGAACAGCAGCAGAUAGUUUUAGAGCACCUUCUGUCUUCUGAUAGGAACAGCUUACUUUCCGAAAUACAGGACCUUCGAGCUCAGCUACGAAUAACACAUCUUCAAAACCAGGAGAAGCUGCAGCAGCUACAAGAAACUCUUACGAAUGCAGAGGAUCGUGGGAGUAAACAAGAACACCAACUUCGGAGGAAAGCUGAAUUAUUAGAAUAUAAACUUCAGCAGGAAAAAACCAUAGCUAGUGACUUGCAGAACUCUCUAAGUGAGGAACAGGAGAGGGCCUCUGAGAUGCAUGAACUCCUGAAGCAGGAGCAAUCUGCAGUAUCGGACUUGAAAUCAGAGCUUUAUGAAAGCAAAGAAGAGAAUGAAAGUCUACAAAAAUCCCUGCAAAAGCUUCAGAGGGAAAUAAACCAGCUUCGUUCUGAACUGGAAAAUAAAGAAAAAGAUCUGAGAGUUGCACUCCAAGACCUACAGAAUGAACAUUCGAAAGAAAAAGAGUUACGAAAUAUGUUUGAAGAACAACACCUUCAGCAUAAGCUAAGAGAGGAUGAAAAGACAAAAGCAUUAGAGGAAUUGCAGGCUGCUUUGGAAUUGCAAUGUAUUCAGAAUAAUCAAAUGUCAGUGGCCUUAGAGCAUGAAAAAUCAGCAAAUGAUAAUCUCCGUAAGGAACUUCAAAUUGAACACUCUCGAUGUGAGGCUUUACUGUCCCAAGAACGAAACAAACUGACAGAGCUACAGAGAAAUUUGGAGGUUGAGAAGAAUCACUCCUUAGAGCUUUUGAAUGCCUUGAACCAUGAACGUGUUUUGACGGAACAACUGAGUAUGAGAGUAAAUGAAGAUUCUUCUUGUAAGCAUAAAGAAUCGUUGCUGGAGCAAACCUUUGUGCAAGAACUGCAGGCUCAGUUGGACGAAGAGAGAUCCCGUGCUAUGGAGCUAGCUGCUAUCAUUGAGAAGACACACCAGCAAGCCAUUCAAUCUAAGAGGCAGCUAGAAGCUGAGGUACAAAUGUGUUGUGAAGAAACACAAAAGGAAAGAGAAGUCAGUACCAAGUUACGAGCUACACUGGAGUCUCUUCAGAGUCAAAAACAGGAGGUAAUCCGCUCCUUGGAGAUACAGAGGGAAAGAGAGGCAAAACUGAAAGCUGAUUGGGAACAAUUGCAGACACUUUUCAGGACAAUGAAAGAACAGGAGAAAAGCAAGAAAGAAGAAAGGGAAAAAGAGAGACGACAAGAGCAAAGGGCAGAAUUUGAGAAACGGAAGGAAUGGCAGAAAGACAAAGAGAGACUGCAUGAAUUGGAGUUGCAGCACCAGAGGGAUGAACACAGAAUCAAGGAGCUCCAGCAGACACUGGCAGAAUUAGAGAAACAAGAAAGAAAUCUUGCCUCUCAGAAAAGUCAGCGAGAGCUUUCUUCAUGUCCUGUAAAAAAUGAUUAUAAUGCCAACUUGUCCUUAACAACGGAGACUGAAGCAUUGCACCUGCAGCAGCAGCAGCUUGAGAAGAUAAGGCAACAGUUGCUUUUUGCUGCUGUCCACCUAAAUGAGUUCAUAUAUAAAACUGUAGACAAAACAGUAAAUGAUUGGUCUGCAUCAAAUGAUGAAGCUAUAGCAUCUUUACUGCAUACUUUAAAGGAGCUGAAAUCAGAGUUAUUGACCUCUUCUACACCUCUGAAACCACUGCAAGGUUCAGUUUCUCUGGUAGACUUGUUGUUGAAAGAAAAUGGAGAGCUUACGAAGUCUGUAACAACACUGACAGAGGAGAAAUUAGAAUUAAGAGCAGCGAUUUCUCAACUUGAGAAGAAUCUUCAGCAGCAGCAUCAUAGGGGAAUUGGUAACAGACAGAUCCGCUGUACAGAUGAUGCUCACUCCGUCCAGGGAUCAGAAAGGGCUUCCUGGCAGCAAGAAAAAACUCUUUUGCAGAAUGCUUUGAAACAGGCAGAAUCUGAGCUCGCUAAAGCUACUGUUGAAAUAGAAAACAAGCCAGUUAUGGAAACUUCCAACCCAAAGCUGCAGAAAUUAUACAGGAAGUAUCUGCGAGCAGAGAGUUUUAGAAAGGCUCUCGUUUAUCAGAAGAAAUACCUUCUUCUGCUUCUGGGUGGAUUCCAGGAUUGUGAGCAAGCAACACUGUCGCUGAUAGCUCGUAUGGGAGUCUAUCCUUCGCCUGCAGACCUGCAGGUCUCUGAAUCACGUUCCCGUCCUUUUACCAAGUUCAGAUCUGCAGUGAGAGUGGUCAUUGCAGUAUCAAGGUUAAAGUUUUUGGUGAAAAAAUGGCAUAAAGUAAACAGAAAAGGGGCACAGGGAGAAAACAUUUCUCACAGUAUUGGACAUAACCCAGUUUCUGGUGUCAGAACAGAAGUUUUAAGACAACAGCAGCUCCCAAGUGUUAAUGUAAACUCCCCCCCUACCCGAGAUAUUGGAUCGUGCCACAGAACCAGUUCUGCUAGAUUUGUGAGCCACUCACCAAAAUCCUCUUACUGGUUACAUAACAGAUUACAUCCAUCCACAAGUUCAGCUUCGGAGAAGUCACUGGUGUCUACUCAAGACCCCGAACGGUCAUUAACUGAAUACAUCCAUCGCUUAGAGGUUAUCCAGCAGAGAUUAGGAGGUGCACAAACAGGAAACACUUCAGGACCACCUCACCAGAGAAACAUAAAGUAAUCAGAGCGCUUCUCAGAUCUGGGACCGAACCCCCCAGGUUGCUACUUCCUUCUGAAGUGGAUGUUUUUGUAUUCUCGUGUUUCCAAGCACUAGGAAAUCCAACACUUAUGUGCAGUUGAAUAAAGGGAUUUUAGUGUCUAUGCAAUGUUUUUUGCAUCAGAUUUUUAUGUAAUCGGUUUAUUAAAUUUUAGUACAUUUACACUUUUAGAGGAAGUCACUAUUCACUCACAACAAUGUUUUACAUACUUAUGUGGAAUAACUGAUAACCAUAACUUAAGUGUGCCUGCAGGAUUGUAUUGAAAGCCACAAAGUGUCUUUUUUUAUGUUUAUUUUUCUAAAGUGUAUAGCUGGAUUCCUUGUAAAAAGUUAUUAAAAUGACAUUUUAUUAGCAAA